CAACCUGUUUUAUAAAGUCCGAAAUUUAUCAGCUGCUGUGACUCGGUGUCUGUCUGACUGUCACAGCAGAUGGAUGCAGCAGACUUCAGGUUCAGCGUGUCUCUUACAGCUUUAAACCUCCUCAUUAUACUGAUUUCCGCUCUCGCACCUGUUGAAGGUCAGUUUCAUGUGGUCGGAUCUCGCCAGCCUAUCAUAACCAGUCCAGGUGAUGACGUCAUCCUGUCGUGUCACGUGGAGCCAAAGUUUAAUGUGGCGAGGUUGACGGUGGAGUGGUCGAGGCCCGAUCGUCGUCCUGACCCCAACGGCCAUCUGAGCCGAGUGGAAUAUGUUCAUCUUUACAGGCACAACAAGGAGAUGACUGACAUGAAGCUCCCAUCAUACUUCGGGAGGACGGCGUUGUUCACAGACGGCCUGAGAGAAGGAAACAUCUCACUAAGAAUCACUAAUGUGACACAAGAAGAUGAAGGAAGAUACAGAUGUUUCAUCCCAAAGUUAAAGAGUCAAACAACGUCUUCAAUUGUUCGCCUGAUUGUUGCUAAAACUGUGACAACAGAGACACCACUGCAUCCUGAAACUCUCCAAACUCCUAAUCUGGCAGAAGAGUUUCACAGUAAAGGUGGUAUGACCCGUCGGAGCCGACUGAUCCCACUUGUGGUUUUCUGUGGGUUUCUUCUCCUCUGUGUCGCAGUCGCAGGAGACUGGUUCACUGAGUCAAAGCGUCAAAAAACAGAAGUAUGUAUAAAAACAGGCCCACUAGAGGGCGCCAUCCCCUCAGGCCACCAUCAUGAAGUCUGUUUUGGUCUGUUUGGUCAGAGACAUUCAUAUCAGUGUCCUCCCUGAGGUCAUUCUGUAGCUCUGGGAGUGCUCCUCCUGUUCCUCCUUACACAAAGGAGCAGGUAAUAGUUCUGCUGAUGGGUUAAGGACUUUCUAUUUCCCAAUGGCACUUACUGAUGUUCCAAAAAAAACAUUCCUUUCAGAUUGUUUCAGAUAUUUUUUUGAAGAACA